UCGAAUCUAGAUCGUACCUUUAGAUUUCGAGAAAUUAACAACUAAGGAAUACUUUUUCACUUCUCUCAUUGACUGCUCAAACCCCAAAUCCGGACCUGGUCUGCUUGGUCUGUUUCGCAAGCGUUCCCAGAAGUCUCGCGAUGUUGCGCCUCUGGGAUUUAACUACCAACUAUUUUGAUUCAUUGUGCAGAAAGAAGCAAACUAGCAUAUCGUUUUGCAAAAUACAAUAAUUUGUGUAAUAUGUCUGUCACGGAAAUGUUCAGCUACAUUCAGGCUUUUCUGAGUGCGGAUCAAGAAAUAAGAGAGGUAAUGUUAAUCAAUCAACAGGCUGCUAAUGUUUUUGUAAAUCGAGCUAGCACCGAACCGCAACUAGCUAACUGCAAAGCUAGCAAUUGACUCGCAGUCAGUUAUACAGUCAGUAAGGUUUGCAUUGAACGUGAGGAAUUUAACAAAAUAUCCAUUUAGAAAUGCACUGUAUGGAAAACACUGUGCACGAUGUAUGUUUUGCAGACAUUUGAUAUAUAAGUUAGCUAGCUAACUAACGUCAGGGCCGCUGAUAGGACACACAUGCAUGCAUUUCGUUUUUUCAAAAUCAUAACUAAUACAGAUGUCUUGCUAGCUAACGGCGGAUGUUCUCUUGCAGGACAUAAAAAAAGUGGUACAGGUUCUGGAACAGACGGCGAGGGAGAUCCUGACCCUGCUCCAAAGUGUCCAUCAACCAUCUGGCUUCAAAGAGAGUGAGUGCCCAAUCACAUGGGGUGUAAGUUAGUUAUUAAUUAGUGCACCGUAGCUAAACGUUUUGUAACCAGUUAAGGUAGUCCUCACUGUUUUCUUCUGUUUAAAGCAGUGAAUACGAGGCUGGACUAUCACAAAUGAUUGCUUACCUUCCUGACUGACUCAUUGCUUUGCAGGUCUCCAUCACCUUGACAUAACUGUUUAUGUUUUGUCCUGUCACACUAGUUCCCAGUAAGUGUGUAAUUGCUCUUGAACUGUUAAGCACAGUCCAGAUGUACUUUGUAGAGCUCAAAACCAAAUUCCCCCUGGAACAGUACUACAGGUAGCUACAUAAACAUAUCUUUCUUGUCCCCCUGUCUGUCACACAAGUUCCCAGUAAGUGCGCAAAGGCCAAGGAACUGUUUUGUACAGUCAGGACGCACCUUGGAGAACUCAAAACCAAGUUCCCAGUGGAGCAGUACUACAGGUAGGCGCUACACAUGGGUGAAUCUGAAGUUGGCUACUUAUUCGCAACUACUUAUUCACAGUUUCCGGUCAACAGAAUGAAAUUCAAGGGACAUUUCAAGUAUCUGUAUUACCACGUGAAGUUAUGGAGUGAUAUUGUCUGUGUCUUCUCUCCUUGUUAUUGAAAGGACAAACUAACACGUCAUUUUCCAUCCUCCACUCUGCUUCUAGGUUCCAUGAGCACUGGAGGUUUGUUCUGCAGCGCCUGGCCUUCCUGGCAGCGUUCGUGGUCUACCUGGAGAGUGAGUCUCUGGUGACACGUGAUGAAGUGGCACAAAUACUAGGAAGUAGGUAUCAGUUCAUUUCGGUGCCUUUUUUUAGCUUUCCUGGUGCCCCGGUGGAUGGAGUUUGAAUAUUUUAGACCAUUCCAUUGGUAAAUCUCUGCCCACCAUGUGCACUAGGCAAGCUAAUACGAAUGCACCUAUUGCCUUGAGUUUAACUUUUUUCAAGGCAAUGGGUGCAUUCGCAGACUGUCCUCUCAGACAGUCAAUCAGCCGUCAGGUAGUGUGCUGUGGUGGUCAUACAUUUUCCCUAUUUCUUGCAGUCGAGGUGGUGAGAGAGAAGGGAUUCCACCUGGAUGUUGAGGAUUACCUGGCAGGUGUGCUGAUCAUGGCCAGUGAACUGGUGAGAAUGAAUUGUGGCUUCUUAAAUUAUAUUACAUCAGACAAUACCAUUUUAAUAUAUCAAUACAUUGGUUUAUGCAAAAUGUACAUGUUUUUUUUCGCUAAUAUAUGAUUACUUUUUGGAUGGAUUAUUUACAUGUAUAAAAUCAUCUGUGUCUGUCCUCUCUAGUCUCGCCUGGCGGUGAACAGCGUCACAGCAGGGGACUAUGGCCGUCCCCUCCGCAUCUCCAACUUCAUCAACGAGCUGGACUCUGGCUUCCGCCUGCUCAACCUCAAGAACGACCCCCUGAGGAAGCGCUACGAUGGUCUCAAGUACGACGUGAAGAAGAUAGAGGAGGUGGUCUACGACCUGUCUAUCCGCGGCCUGACCAAAGAGCAGGAGGCUGGGGGCGACAAGUAGAGCUGAGGGGGGUGGUGGUGGAG